AUGUUCAAGUCAGCUCUUCUUCUUAUACUCGCAGCAGCAUCAGUACACGCCGCGCCUACCGCUGCCGAGGCGUGCGCAGAUGUUACAGUGAUUUUUGCUCGAGGCACUGGUGAAACCCCACCCAUCGGGACCAUCGUGGGCCCACCAUUCGAAGGAGCACUGCAAGCAGCUCUUGGAUCCAGAAGCCUGAGUUUCCAAGGUGUCAACUACCCUGCUAACGUCGCAGGUUUCCUCGAAGGUGGUGAUCCAAAUGGCGCCGCCACUAUGGCUCAAGAUAUCUCCUCAACUGCAAGCUCUUGCCCAAACACAAAAAUCGUGGUUUCGGGUUAUAGUCAAGGAGGUCAAUUGGUCCACCUUGCCGCCAAACAGCUUUCCUCUGCGGUUCAAAGCCGAGUGAACGCAAUCGUCAUUUUCGGUGACCCAGACAAUGGGCAACCGUUCCCCGGUAAUCUCAACGCAGUCGAGAAGACUUUCUGCGCAGUUGGAGACGACAUUUGCGCUGGAGGAGAUGUUAUUCUACCAGCACAUUUGAGCUACGGAGCGGACGCUGGUGCUGCUGCUAGCUUCGUCGUUUCGAAACUCUAA